AUGGAAACCUAAUAUAAUACAUACUCCCUCCCUCCCUCUCUCUCUCUCUCUCCCUCCUCCUCUCCCACUCUCCCUCUAUGUCUCUCUCCCCUCUCUCCAUCCACACCAAAGCUCUUUAGGCUACUUUGCGCAUGUACGGCCAGUCAAAGCGAGCAUUGCAUCGACUCCAAGAUGGCGAAAACACGUCUGGCUUGCCUCCUGACUCUGCUCUCAACUCACUGCUACUUCAACGUGUCAGCAGUGGUCCUGAAAACCAACAACGAAUCACCGUGGACCAAUGAGUUUGACAAAAUUGAAUUAUCGUGUUUGAUCGAGUCCAUCUCUACAACCAACCCCAGGAUUGAAUGGAAGAAGAUAACCAAUGAGGGGCCAAGUUAUGUGUACUUUGACAGGAAGAUCUCAGGCGACCUGGAGAACCGAGCGAUGAUCAGAGAACCGGCCACAUUGCUGAUAACCAACGCCACAAGAUUGGACACAGCCAAAUAUCGCUGUGAGGUCACGGCCGCUGACGACCAGAAGUCCUUUGAUGAGAUCGUGAUUGACCUUGUUGUAAGAGUAAAGCCAGUGGUGCCAAAAUGCAGUGUCCCAAAAUCAGUGCCUUUUGGGAAGUCAGCCGAGCUGAGCUGCGUGGAGGACGAGGGCUUCCCCAAGUCUCAGUACCAGUGGUUCAAGAACAGGGAGGAGAUUCCCGACGACCCAAAGACCAGCCUCAAGUUCUUCAACUCCACAUACACACUCAACGCAGAAGCCGGAACUCUGAACUUCAUCGCAGUCAGAAAAGAAGACGCGGGCGAAUACUUCUGCCGAGCAAAGAACGACGCAGGAUACUCCGAGUGUCCGCCCCAGAAGAUGGAAGUCUAUGAUAUUGACGUUGUGGGGAUCGUACUGGGAGUGCUGGUGGUGGCCGUAGUGCUCUUGUGUAUAACAGCGGGGAUCUGCUGUGCAUACAAGCGAGGCUACUUCUCCAGCCAAAAACAGACGGGGAACAAUUACAAAGUUCCAGCUAAAGGAGAUGGAGUGGACUACGUCAGGACGGAGGAUGAGGGCGAUUUCCGACACAAGUCGUCAUUUGUGAUCUGAAAAGAGAGGGGGGGAUGACGAGGGGGCCCUGUGCUGAGUGAAAGACAUGACACGUGGGACUGCGCUCCACGCUGUCUGACCACGGAGCUGCCACGGCUCAUGCUCGGAGCUCUCAGCAUGGGCUGAAAUCCAACUACUCAAGUUUGCCAAAGGUGACAAGAUUUCACAGGACAGCUACGUCAAACUACUACACACGUAGGGACUGCGAUCCAUUCGUCAACUUUUAUCACCACCAACUGAUUUCUUUUGCUAAAUUAUGGAGUUCUUACUUUACAGUUAAUUGCAUGGUUUUUAAACACCAUCCGAGGUGGAGGAGAGGAAACACUUCUUCGUCUCUUUCCUCCAAAGUCAGUCAAUCAUGACACCUUUCUACUUUUGCUUCGAACCUUUUUGCCAUUUGUAUAACAUUUCUUUUCUACUGUUGAAAUUUGUCAGACUAUUUUUGAUGGAAUAUAUUUUAAAAUGCCUAUAGAUAAAGGUUUACUUUUUUAAAUAUUUGUAAAAUACUAACAUGUUUUUUUUUGUUUUGGUUUUUUUUUUGUUUUGUUUUUUUCUUUUAUUUGGUUGUGGAUAAAAAUAUGUAACACUUUAACCACUUUGCAUCAAGCUGCAAGCAUUUACACCUGUGUAAAUCGGAAGAAAGAAAAAGACAAAUGAAAAAUGACUUGUAUCAGCAUCUCAAGAUGUGGUUCUUGAUCGGCGGUCUUACAUAUUUAAUUUCUCCGCUGGGAAUGCCCCCCCCCUUUCUGUUGUGAGAGACUUCCAUGUUCAUGUUUGUAGAUAGUCUUAG